UCUUACGUCACGCGCACCGUUUCCCGCACGUGCCGCGCAUUAUCCUGAUUCACGCCGCGCGACGCUCGAGCGUCACCUCGUUCUAUCCCGUGCGCGGAAGUUUCCAGAAACGGCGCGACAGAGCGCAGCGCGCUCGUGCUCACCCGCCGGUGCGCAACCGCUCAACCGGCUGCGCUGUUGGUGCGCUGUUGGUGCGCGCAUGCGCCUGUGGUUGUUUCCUCCAGCGCGCGGAGUCGCCUGAGCUCAGAGAGGGAGCGGACUGCGCCUGUAUGUUGCUGGUGUUUUUUUUUUUUUUUUAAAGUGCAACACUCAGAAGACACAGGGAAGAGCGCGCGGGGCGUUACCAUGAGCACGAGCCUCACCGUCCCGGCGCUCCACGCCGCACGCGACCAUGUCCGCUUGACGCGCGAGCAGCGCGAAACGGUCCUCCGCUGAAGCGCGAGCAGCAGCGAUGCCCGGCGGAAAGAGAGGGCUCGUGGCGCCGCAGAACACUUUCUUGGAGAACAUCGUCCGGCGCUCGAGCGAGACAAGUUUUCUGCUGGGGAACGCUCAGAUUGUCGACUGGCCCGUGGUCUACAGUAAUGACGGCUUCUGCAAGCUGUCGGGAUACCACAGAGCAGAGGUCAUGCAGAAGAGCAGCACAUGCAGUUUUAUGUAUGGCGAGCUGACAGAUAAGAGGACCAUAGAGAAAGUGAGACAAACCUUCGACAACUAUGAGUCCAACUGCUUUGAAGUGCUGCUUUACAAAAUGAAUAGAACGCCGGUGUGGUUCUACAUGCAGAUUGCACCAAUCAGGAAUGAGAAUGACAAGGUGGUGCUCUUCCUGUGCACGUUUAAAGACAUCACUGUGUUUAAGCAGCCUAUUGAGGAUGAGAGCACCAGAGGCUGGAGUAAGUUCACCAGGCUCACUCGUGCUCUGACCAACAGCCGGGGCACCAACCAGCAGCUGACUCCUAUGAACAAGCCUGAGGUCAGCUCCCACAAAACCUCCCGCCUCGCAGAGGUGCUUCAGCUUGGUUCAGAAAUCCUGCCUCAGUACAAGCAGGAAGCUCCCAAGACACCUCCUCACAUCAUCCUCCACUACUGCACCUUCAAGACCACGUGGGACUGGGUGAUCCUCAUCCUCACCUUCUACACGGCCAUCAUGGUGCCCUACAAUGUCUCCUUCAAGACCAAGCAGAACAACGUCACCUGGUUGGUGCUGGAUAGCGUCGUGGACGUCAUCUUCCUGGUGGACAUUGUGCUCAACUUCCACACCACGUUCGUCGGGCCCGGAGGCGAGGUCAUCUCAGAUCCCAAGCUGAUCCGAAUGAAUUAUCUCAAGACCUGGUUUGUGAUAGACCUGCUCUCUUGCUUGCCAUAUGACAUCAUCAACGCUUUCGAGAACGUGGAUGAGGGCAUCAGCAGUUUGUUCAGCUCUCUGAAGGUGGUGCGUCUGCUGCGUUUGGGGCGUGUGGCGCGAAAACUGGACCACUAUCUGGAAUACGGCGCGGCCGUGCUGGUCCUGCUGGUGUGUGUGUUCGGAUUGGUGGCCCACUGGCUAGCCUGUAUCUGGUACAGCAUUGGAGAUUAUGAGGUCAUUGACAAGCUCAGUAACACCAUCAAGACGGACAGCUGGCUCUACCAGUUAGCCUUGACCACCGGCUCUCCGUACCGCUACAAUGCCAGCGGCUCUGGUCAAUUGGAAGGCGGCCCCGGGAAACACACGCUCUACAUUACGUCCCUGUAUUUCACCAUGACGAGUCUGACAACCAUCGGAUUCGGGAACAUCGCUCCCACCACUGACGGAGAGAAGAUCUUCUCUGUGGCCAUGAUGAUGGGGGGAUCUCUUCUCUACGCCACAAUCUUCGGAAACGUCACCACCAUCUUCCAGCAGAUGUCCGCCAACACCAACCGCUACCAUGAGAUGCUGAACAACGUGAGGGACUUCCUGAAGCUUUACCAGGUGCCCAAAGGCCUGAGCGAGCGGGUGAUGGAUUACAUCGUCUCCACGUGGUCCAUGACCAAAGGCAUAGACACCGAGAAGGACAGUAGUCUCCUGUCCACAUGUCCACAGGUGCUCUCCAUCUGUCCCAAAGACAUGCGUGCAGACAUCUGCGUCCACCUGAACAGGAAGGUGUUUAACGAACACCCUGCGUUCCGAUUGGCCAGCGACGGCUGCCUGCGCUCGUUAGCUGUGGAGUUCCAGACCAUCCAUUGUGCUCCCGGGGACCUCAUAUUCCACGCCGGGGAAAGCGUCGACACGCUGUGCUUCGUAGUGUCUGGUUCACUCGAGGUUAUCCAGGACGACGAGGUCAUUGCCAUACUAGGUAAAGGUGAUGUGUUCGGCGACGUGUUCUGGAAAGAGACGACCCUAGCUCACUCGUGCGCUAACGUCAGAGCGCUAACCUACUGUGAUUUGCACAUCAUUCACAGAGACGCUCUGCUAAAAGUGCUCGACUUCUACACGGCGUUCGCCAACUCCUUCUCCCGCAAUCUCAUCCUCACCUGCAACCUGCGCAAACGGAUCAUCUUCCGUAAGAUCAGUGAUGUGAAAAAGGAGGAAGAGGAACGUCAACGCUCGAAGAACGAGGUUCCACUGACCAUCCCCGUGGACCACCCGGUCCGAAAACUUUUGCAGAAAUUCAAACAGCAGAAGGAGCUCCGCAACCAGGAGGCUUCAGUCCAGAUUGAUGUGGAGAAGAACCAGCAUAGCUUCCAGCUACAUUCACACACUCAGCUACAGCACACACACACUUCCAUCCCCCAGAGCACGCUGCAUGCGGUGCAGAAUGGGAGAUCUAGCAUAGGUUCCUGUAGCAGCGUGGUCACCAUCUCGCAGAUCACACCAAUCCAGAACUCUUUGUCUUUCUCCAAACCUGGUGACCCGCUCAAACAAAACAACUGUGAUGUCAUGGAACUGAAGCCCGCUGGAGAUCAAACCCUGAGCAUGACCCGACUGAAGCUGAGCAACGCCACUCGCACCAAACCGGUCGCAACCGGUCGUGGGUGGAUGCGGCUGAAGAACAACAUGGCCAUCCCGGAUUCGCCACCACAGGAGAGUAGGAAAGAAGGGCUGAACAACGUGACGAAAGCGGCGUCUACAGAACGGCUCUCACCCGAGGUCAAGGUGCAGAUCGAAGGCGUCAUGGACGUCACCAGGUCCAGAAAGAACUCGCUCCGUAAAACAGACUCAUGGGAUAGUGGGUUGACCCAAAGCGAUCAGAGGCUAGAUAAUGUAGAAGAAGUGCAGAGUCCCGCACCGGGCGAUAGCAGCUGUGGUGGCGGAGAAGGACUAUCGAGGGAUAUGUUCUCAUACCACGAGCUGUCAUUUCAGACCACGCUUCAGGAGGCAAGGCUGGAGCUACGGGGCGAGAUCCAAGCUUUGAGUUCCAGGAUGGCCGCUUUAGAGGAACAAGUAGGCCAGAUCCUCAGACUGCUCUCAGAACAGAACGAUCCACUGGGUCAGACCUGUACACCACAAAUACACAGACCCAAACCUAAAACAGAAGAACUUUUCACCAUCUCUACACCGGGUAGUCCUGAUUCAGACAGCGAUGAAGUGGUGAUCUGAGCAAGAACAAAAAUGAAUGCUGAACCAAAAAAACUCCUAAAGCACUGGUCUCUAUGUGAAAAAGAUGAGGUUUGUUUGGAGGUUCUUGGAAAUUGAAAAUUUCGUUGAAAAGUGUCGAGUGCUUGACUAGUGGUAGGUUGGACAGAAGGAGCACUGUGGUCACUUAUAAUUGCUGGAAUCUUGGGAACUUUAUUAGACAACUUUGCACAACAUGUACUCUUUAAGAUGGAGACUGAGAAACUACUGAGAAGCUAUUUUCUGAUUUUUUUUUUUUUUAACUCUGCAUGUACAGCUGGGUUCUGGUUUGCCAAAGACAAAAAGCCUAUCAAAUGUUGGUAAUAUUUGUACGAUAUUAUACAGUACUUGCUUGUAUAUUAUGCAGAUAACUGCAUGCAGAUGAGGUUUGCUUAUUCACUCAGAUUGUGUGGAUGAUAUUUAUUCAGAAUAUGGAGAGUUUUGAUUAAAAGUGGCACAAUAUGCCUGGAAAAAACAAAAUGUGUUCUUAUAAAUCUAUAAGAAAAUGGCUAAGGAAUAUUAGAUUAUUGUUGAGUAGAACUGGAAAAGCAGACAGGAAUGAAUGAAUUUCGUUUGGAUGGAGAUUUUUUUGUUUGUUUGUUUUUAGGUGGAAGAUCAUUGCUGUUAUGAAGGCACAGGUAGAUCCACAUAGCACAGGUACAUAACGAGACUUCAGCAUGAGAACACAUCACGAAGGUAAGAUUAACUAAACCUAGUAAGUCUAGUUAAGAGGAACGGGUAAAACCAUUCAGCAGGGGGCCAACUCUGAACCAGAGUGAAACUGACACCUUUUUUCCCCUCAUUUUUCUCCCAAAAUUGCUCACCUGAAGGCUAACACAUGCUUCCUCCAAGACAGGUGACUGCAGCCAACCGCUGCUGCCCACCUGUGUCACGGGGCAGCGAAAUGCCCUUGGAGGAAAGCGCUAUCCGCCCUAUUAUGCAUUCAUGAGCUCACAGACUCCUACUGGUCGGCUAGUGACCAGUAUGAUUGACAUGAGAAAGAAAGUAUGCCCCUCCCACCCAGAGAGCAUGGCCAAUUUUACUGUCUUGGACUGCCGCGGAUGGCUGUUGCAUUGUCAGGAGUCAAAAUUGUGAUCUCCCGCAAAUCUGAUACAUUUGAUAAAUUUGCUGUUUGCUUUGGUUUUUGUUUUACACUGCACAUAAUUGAACAAAAAGGCACUGAUACAUUCAUUGGUCAGAAAUAUGGCCUCAGAAAAAGGGGGAAAAAGGCAAGUGCACAUAGAAUUCACAAAAAUCAUAGAGAGCAUGGAACUGGCACUAAAGGAAUGAUUAAAUAAUCAUAUAAAUAAUUAGUUUAAAACUAGUUUAAAACAUUUUCUGUGUCGCAUCCAGUGACACAGAUAUUUUCUCUUUUUGUUUGCUCCAAAACACGUGACAUUUCUGCAGCUUACAGCUCUGCCCUUUGGCUCAGUUUAGCAGCUCACUUCUACAGAACAAAAAACACUACAAACGAAAAUACAAGGCAGGUUUGAUUCACUUCCUGCGGUAGAGUCGAUUCAGAGUGGAAUCAAUUCGUACUGCAAUAGAGUUCACUCAGAACCGAAUCAAGACUACCUCAUUCAGACACUCUCAAACUGCACACAAGUGUGAUUGCUGUGAUCUCACCUGACUAAAGAACUGCACCAAGUGGGAAAACACACCAGGAUUCUGUUCAAAUGGACUAAAUGCUCAAUAAAAUGUGCCACUUAAUGGGUGGUGUCCUCAGUGCUACAUCUUUUGUAUCUUUUGUAAGAACACAAUUGGACCUUAAGCACCAGUUACACUUUUGAGGUUAAAUUUACAGUGGUGGUACAUUUGACUGAUGAUUUGACUGUAGACCUGAAAGUUUCUCGACUAUGUGUGUAAUAUUGUGACGCAGAGCUGAUACUCAGCUGACUAGGUGGUAACUUCAAGCUACGAUUGCACAAGCUAGAUGUAGCACAGCACGACCCCAGUUGGGAUUUUCCCCACUGAACCAACAGAAGGUGUAAUAAUCAUGUAUG